AUGUCCUUCACCAAUGCGCCCGUGACGAGAACGCUCGUUGUCGGGCUCGUUUCCUCCUCCGUCGCGGCCAGUCUCUUCGACUUGAAACACUACUUCUACAUCCUAGUCGACACACACAUCUGGAAGUAUCACCAACCAUGGCGGGCCCUCAUAUUCCAGCUCUGCUACACCAACUCAUCCGAGGUGCUUUUCGCCGCUAUGACGCUCUACAAUAUGCGUGUCGUUGAGCGGAUGUGGGGGUCGAGAAAAUAUGCCUCCUUCCUCGUCGUCUCGGGCUUGUUAACAAGCGUCCUCACCCCCGCCGCCAUCAUCCUCCUGCUCCGCCCUCUCACUGGCGGCGUGUUCAACUAUCUCCCGGCUGGUCCGACCCCGAUCAUCUUCGCCAUCCUAGCGCAGUACCACGCCAUGAUCCCGCACAUAUACAAGUACCGCAUGGCCUUGACGGCCUCCUCCCCCAGUACGAGCAACGACGCGGCGGGCCUCACCUUCAGCGACAAGUCCUACCGGUACUUCCUGGCCAUGCAGCUCGCGCUGUUCCAGUGGCCUGGCUCGCUGUUGGGUGCGGCGAUCGGGUGGGUUGUGGGGUACGUGUGGAGGAAUGACAUGUUGCCUACCAGGGUGACGACGUGGCGGCUACCCGGCUGGAUGGUCGGCAUGAGGACACAAAAGAGAAGCCAGGAGUUUGAAGGGCUGAGGAGACGUCUGGAGGGGGAGAAUGCGCCAAGCGCGACUGCGACAGGCGCCCAGGGCCAGGGAGCAGACGGUGAUGCCGGGAGGAGGAGGACUCUCGGACAACAGGUUCUGGAUCAGGUUUCCGGCGCAAUCUGA